AUGUGUCGUGUUUGUCGUGGUGACGAAGGUCAUCUGUACUACCCAUGUCUUUGUACCGGAAGUAUAAAAUAUGUUCAUCAAGAAUGUCUAACUGAAUGGCUUAGAUAUAGCAAAAAGGAGGUCUGUGAACUUUGCAAUUACAAAUAUUCGUUUCAACCGAUAUAUCGACAUGACAUGCCCAAAGCACUUCCACUGAUAGAAAUACUUAAAGGUGUUGCCAUCAGCGCUGCUUCUAUGGUCCGAACAUGGCUCGUCUAUACGAUGGUACUGAUAUCAUGGCUGGGUAUUGUUCCUCUCACUGCUGCAAGGAUCUACCAUGCAGUUUUCUACUUGUCCAUGCAAGAAAUUCUUGUUCUACCAAUAAGUAUUUUUAGAACCGAGCAAAUCUUACCCGAUGUGCUCAAGGGAUGUUUUUUGCUUAUUAUUUUCAUUUGUACGUUUAUCUCCUUGGUUUGGUUACGAGAGCAAAUAAUUCAUGGAGGACCAUACGACUUCUUGAAUAUUGAACGAGACGCCGGUGCUCAAAAUGGUGUGGAGGAACAGCAUCAUCCUCCUGUUGAACAACAUGGUGAUGGCGUAGCCGACGGUGAAGUACAUGAUCAGGCAGAGGAUAUGGAUGAGAGUGCUGACGACGAGGAGGGACGGGGCCAACCACUUGCAGAAGGCAAUCAUGAGCAGGUAGGGCCUGAGCAAGCAGAUCAUGUGCAACCACGGGCUCCUAAUAAUGAUCGGCCUGCACAAGAAGUUCCACAACCGGAGGACAACUGGAGAGAUCUGGACAGGCUUGGCGAUGAAUUGACGUGGCAAAGAUUGUUGGGGUUAGAUGGAUCUUUGGUUUUUCUAGAGCGUGUAGUGUGGGUAAUCUCUCUAGAUACGCUUUUCACCAUUGUGUUCGCAUAUGCACCGUACAAGUUGGGACACUAUAUUUUAACAAAGUGUGGAAUUCAGCAAUCGAUUCAUUACUUUCCAUCGAUAGCCGCCAUACUAAUGGGAUAUGUAGCAGUUACAGCGAUCAUAUACGUCCUUCAUUAUAUUGUUGGAUUGAUACGUCUUAACAGCCUUUAUCGUGUGUUGGGGAUUUGCUUUCUUGUUCUGAAAGUAUUUCUGCUGGUACUCAUAGAAAUAGGAUUCUUUCCAAUUAUCUGUGGUUGCUGGAUGGACCUAUGUUCACUGAAGCUUUUUUCGGCAUCACUUUCUUCAAGAGCAGCGUCAUUCGCUACAUCGCCUACAUCAUCAGUAUUCAUUCACUGGAUGAUUGGCAUGGUUUACGUAUUCUAUUUUGCAUCAUUCGUCCUGUUACUUCGUGAGGUUCUUCGCCCUGGUGUUCUCUGGUUCAUGCGAAACUUAAACGAUCCCGAAUUUAAUCCAAUCCAAGAGUCAUUAUGCUUUACAACUAUUUUCCUUAUUAUCUAUCUUCCUCUUGGACUCGUGCAGAAGCUUUAUCCACCACUCCUUCCUUACAAUAUGAGUUUAUCGGCAGAUACUCCUCUCAGCGAGCUAUCCCUCGAACUUUUAAUUCUCCAGGUAGUUCUGCCUGCUCUUCUUGAGCAAACACAAGCUCGCUUUCUGCUGAAAGCUAUGGUAUUAUGGUGGUGCAUACACGUUGGUGGAGCACUUAACGUUGACAGAUAUCUACUACCAGACUUACCUAAUCCAGAACAGCCUCAGGAUGGGAUUGGAGCGCAAGGCGCUGGUGGUUUGGCUGCUGAGCAUCAGGCUCUUCUUCUUUUACGCGAACCGCAAGCUGUUCAACCAUAUAAUCGUCCUCGAUUUUUCCCACUACGUGUUUUAAUUCUCUUGUGUGCUGUAGCGGUCACGUGUUGCGUUACUAGUUGCAUGUUGUUCCUUGUACCAGUGGUGGUAGGUCGAGGGAUCAUUUACAGUCUAACAGGGUAUUCAAAUGUCCAUGAGUUGUAUACGGUGGGUGCUGGUAUGUAUGUGUGUUGGAUGUUUGUGAAGUUAAGUUUGCUGUCACUGCAUUGGUUCAAUCUGGGCGUCAACCAUUUGAAGGAAGCGAUCGUUAAUUCAUUAAGCAUCACCGCUCGCCUUGUCCUGGUCUGUAUUCCUAUUGUUUUUGUGAUUCCCAUGCUUAUGGGGACGUAUUUCCAACUUGUCAUCAUCACUCCUUUGAGGCUGUCUCAUCAACAGACGUCACUGGUAUUUCUAUGGCAAGACUGGGCAAUGGGAGUGCUCCACAUGAAAAUCGUUUGUGGAGCUAUAAUGAUGGGGCCAGAAUGGUGGAUGCGGCAAGUAUUCGAUCAGAUAUACCAGGAUGGCAUUCGCAAUUUACGUGCUGGAUUCAUAUUAUCCCAGCUUGUUUUUCCCGUCAUACUGUUUUUGAGUUCUUUACUCGCUUUCCCUUACUUGAUGGCACGGCUCUACAUUUUCGUAACUGUAGUUGGAUUCCUCAAAUGGCAGUUGAGUAAAAUUCAAGGUUUGGCGGAGAAUAUUCGGAAUGAAAGGUAUCUUGUCGGGACACGGUUAGUCAAUUACGAGCGAAAUGGUAUGGCAGCUUCCCCCACUGAAGCUACUGUUUCUCCGUAA